CCAUUGGUCCUGAUGUUCUUUGCUUUGAGGAUACACGCCCUUAUUACUAGAUGCCAAAGCCUCACUUGGCGUAUGUUUGGUCCCGGCGGCCAUAGCCAACAUUAUUAUCACCGGCGCGAUGUCGCACUAUCUGUUUCGUCGAAAGGACAAGUUCAGUCUCGCCAGCAGAACUCUGGACACGAUGAUCCAAGUAUCUGUCCAAAAUGGCCUUGUCACAUCCUUGUUGGCAUCUGCACAAGCGAUUCUGUUUCUUUGUGACUCCGGGCCCUACUAUCUUGCACUCUCCUUCGUUAUGCCCAAGCUCUAUGCGAACAUGGCCUUAUCCGCGCUCAACUCCAGAAAAAUAAUCGACGUGAAAAAGCCUGAGGUUAUCGCCAUGCCUUCAGGUGAUUACGCCUCAAAUGCCUACAUGCCACACCGUACAGUACACGAAACCCCAGGUGUUUUCGUCAACGUCGAGACGACGCGUGCUCACGAUACUGAUCUCAAGGAUGCGUGGGGCGGUAACCUUACCCCAUCGGAAAAGGAAUCACCGCCGUCCAGUUCGAAAGACCUGCCUGUCCUUCACGAACAAAAUUGUCACGCCCAGUAGAAGUGUCUGUCCAAGUUGUUGGUACCAUCUAGUUGUAUUCUAUUUGUUGAGAAA